UGUUUCCGGUGUGUAGAGAGGAGGCGGAAGUGAAGCGGAAGUGGCUUUGGAAAAGCGCCGGGAGUGAGCGGCUGGAGUCAUGGAAGAGUGAGCGCGCCCCCUGCCCUGCUGCUUUAGGGCGCCAUGGAGACCGUGCAGCUGCGCAACCCGCGCCGGCAGCUGAAGAAAUUAGAUGAAGAUAGUUUGACCAAGCAACCAGAAGAAGUAUUUGAUGUACUGGAGAAGCUGGGAGAAGGAUCCUAUGGCAGUGUAUUCAAAGCUAUUCAUAAAGAAACGGGUCAAGUUGUUGCAAUUAAACAGGUUCCUGUUGAGUCUGACCUACAGGAAAUCAUAAAGGAAAUAUCCAUAAUGCAGCAAUGUGACAGUCCCCAUGUAGUCAAGUAUUAUGGCAGCUAUUUUAAGAACACGGACCUGUGGAUAGUUAUGGAGUACUGUGGAGCUGGAUCUGUGUCUGAUAUUAUUCGAUUACGAAAUAAAACAUUGACAGAAGAGGAAAUAGCUACAAUAGUACAAGCAACCCUCAAAGGACUAGAAUAUCUGCAUUUUAUGAGGAAAAUACACAGAGAUAUCAAAGCUGGAAAUAUAUUACUAAAUACGGAAGGACAUGCUAAACUUGCAGAUUUUGGGGUAGCGGGCCAACUUACAGAUACCAUGGCAAAACGGAACACAGUUAUAGGAACCCCAUUUUGGAUGGCUCCAGAAGUGAUCCAAGAAAUAGGGUAUAACUGUGUAGCAGAUAUCUGGUCACUGGGUAUCACUUCAAUAGAAAUGGCUGAAGGAAAACCACCAUAUGCGGAUAUUCACCCAAUGAGGGCAAUUUUCAUGAUUCCUACAAAUCCUCCUCCAACAUUCCGGAAGCCAGAACUCUGGUCAGAGAACUUUACGGACUUUGUAAAACAGUGUCUUGUGAAAAGUCCUGAACAAAGAGCCACUGCCACACAACUUCUCCAGCAUCCAUUUGUUAAAAGUGCCAAAGGCGCGUCAAUCCUGCGGGACUUGAUUAAUGAGGCAAUGGAUGUGAAACUGAAACGUCGGGAAGCACAACAGCGUGAAUUGGAUCAAGAUGAUGAAGAAAACUCAGAAGAAGAUGAAACAGAUUCGGGUACCAUGGUCCGGACAAGUGGAGAUGAGACUGGUACUAUAAGAGCUGUCAGUACGAGUGAUGGAGCGAAUACCAUGAUAGAACACGAUGGAACGCUGGAAUCCCAGCUGGGUACAAUGGUAAUAAACACGGAAGAUGAGGAAGAAGAGGGGACCAUGAAGAGGAGGGAUGAAACGAUGCAGCCAGCCAAACCAUCAUUCCUGGAAUAUUUUGAACAAAAAGAAAAGGAGAAUCAGAUCAAUAGCUUUGGGAAGAAUGCAUCUGGCCAGACAAAAAAUUCCUCUGAUUGGAAGGUACCACAGGAUGGAGACUAUGAAUGUUUAAAGAGCUGGGGCGUAGAGGAACUUCAGAGGAGACUCUCAUCACUUGAUCCCAUGAUGGAACAGGAAAUUGAAGAGAUCCGCCAGAAGUAUCAGUCUAAACGGCAGCCAAUCCUUGAUGCCAUCGAAGCCAAGAAACGUCGGCAACAGAACUUUUGAGAGCGCCACUGGUAGAAUAAAUGUCAACCCUCUGAAACAAUCAGAACCUUGCUUUUAUGACUACUACGCAGAUUGAUUUCUAUUGAAAUGUGUUAGCAAAGUAGGGAGCAAAACUUCUGCUCACUUAUUUUUCCAUAGCACCUUUCUGAACUCAGGAAUGCCAUUAAGUGGGACAUCCUGAUGGAUGGAUAAUGGUAUGUUUUUAAUGUUGGAUAUAUUUAAAAUAGAAAGUGUAUUAUUUCAGUUGUUACUGUUUUUAGAAUAAACUUGUUUUAAAUCUGGGGAACAGAUACAAAUAAGACUAACAUUGGUUCAUUUUCUUGAUGUAACCUUCAGUAGUCCAUUUUCUUCCUUUUUGAAUUUUAAUGUGUACUGUGGUGUUUAACAGCUCCAUCUCUUUUUUUUGUACAGACUCAGUUUCAAACAUUUUAACUGUCUUACUACUGUUAAGGUACCAUGGAAAGUGUUAAAUUGAAGAGGGGUCACUGAAAAGAGUAGACAAGAAGAUGCAGGAACUAUUCCCACCUUUGGAAAGGAACAAAUCUUACUUUUUAAAAGCUGUAAUAAGCCCUAUGCCUUACCCCAUGCGCUUUAAGCAAGUGUUUUUUGAGACCAUAGUUUUGUCUUGUGUGUACUAUAUAAAUUAAUACUGGUAGAUUAAGCAUGUUGCUGUGCUUCCAUCAAAUGCUGUUCUGCAGUUUAAAAGCCUCACUGACUUAAACCAAAAUCCAAGCAGAGUUCCAAUGUAAAACAAAGCAGAAGCUCCUUCAUCUGCAUCCUGGGAAAUAUCCUUCAUUUAGUUCCUACUAGCACUGGAGUGCUAAAAAGUUGUGUGAACCCUCUCUUGGGAAGUUAGAUAUUUUGCUCCACUAAGGAGAGGAUUUAAAAAUAUUUCACUAAUUAUGGUGUUUUACAGGGCUUUACAAUUUCAAGCUUCCAUCUUUAGAUGAAAAAUUAAUUGCAUAAUGUUUUACUUAAAGGUCAAGUACAGCAGAAAAGCUAAGCUGAAAAUAAAGAGAGGUUAUACAGAAGAUUAAACAAUGAUAUAUUGAUGCCAGAUGGGUUGGGCGACUGAAGUUCCAACUUAAUCUGUUCUGCAUUUAAUAUGGCCAAGAUCAACCUCUUCCAGUUUUUCUGGACACACUGGUAAAUAGUAUGUUUUCUGUUUGGGAUAACUAUGUAAAAGUCUGCCUUUCUCAUGGUAUUAACGGGUUGUGGACAAUCACCAGAUUGUACAUUUACAGUCAGUGCAAGUCAAGUUACCUUGAAAUGAUUUAAUAAACUUACACUGACAUGAUAAAGAGCAAAACAGAAAAAGUAAUCCCGGUAUCUCUAGGUAUAGAUGCAGAGACCUAACAGUGGGUGUGCUGUGCAUUGGCAGCAGUAGAGCAAAGCUAAUGUUGGAUUCGAUUUUAGGAUCCACUUGUAGUUAUUCCACAUAAAAUGAAAUGUUUGUAAAGAGCAAGUAUUUCAAUUAUUUUCUUUCUCUGAUAGAGGGACUAGUUUUCAUGUCAUCCUUCUGAACCAGAGCUUGGUACGACACGCACACAAAUAAAUAUCAGUGUCUCCUGAAAUCAAAUGCUUCUAGUAACAAGAAAGGUUCCCGUCAUAGCUGGUGGAAGCAUCAUAGUUUUAGACCCUUUGUUUCUUGGGAUUGUACCCUCAGCUGUUGUAAAUCAGUGAACUCUGUUGGCAUAGGAGGAGUUAUGCCAGUUUACACCCCUGAGGAUCUGGCUUUUAACAGCUUCAGUUAAUUCCUCAGCUGCAAAUAGAGCUAAUAUAAUGGACUUCAAGAGCUCAGCAGCCUAGUCAAGCAGACUCUGGAAAGAGAGGGAGGCAGUCAGCAGUGUGGUCUGGCACAAAAUGGGAACAAUCUUCCAUGCGUACCCACGUUAACCAGCUGUGGGGAAGGCAUAAUUUUUGAUAGCCUCGAAUAUUGCAGAAGUUUCUAGCAUGAAGAUCUUGAAAGAAACCAAGUAACUUGAGUUAAAAUCACUUCCACAGCACAAGCUAAAUAAUUUAAACCUCUCGUUUUGUUAGUAGAUGACAGUCUCUUAGCAAUAAGAAUCUGGCAAUUUAAAUGAACCAUGCAGGCUAGUAAGCACCUGUGUUGACAAUACAGCACACUAAUAAUGCUGGACACAAACACACCAUCUGCAGUACUUAUUAAAAAUUCAUCCAAUGUGUGUGUUUUCUCGCUUAAAAAUAUUUAUUAAAGAUGCUCAAAUGAUUUUUUUUUUUUUAAGGGCGUGUGUUCAUUACAUUCCCUUGCUUAAAUGAAACUUCCAGUAACAAGAUGCAAUUUUUUAAUUUUAAAUACUGGCUCAUGGCUUAGUUACUUCUAGUAUAUAUGCAUUUUGCCUCUGGCAUGAUGCACAUGUACAAUAUGAGUGACUUCGUAGCAAGCUAAGUGCAUUGCUUACAUGUCAAAUAGACCGUUCUGUUAGGAAUGGUUUGUCUUUGUACCAUAUUUACCACUGAUAGACACAACUUCUUUCAGCAAUGGGAAGACAUUGAGAUGCCCAUGUUUUACUUAAAACACUGAAGUUGGGUGCUUGACUUCAGUUUUCACUUUACUGAGUGCAUAACUUGAUUGCUCUAAUUGGUGCUUACAGCCCAAUGUAGUGUUAGUGAAAUAACUUGCACUGAAAUGGUUAACUAUGAAAAAAAUCACAG